CCGUUGCUAAGCGAGACGGCUGUUCAGCCGGUUUUGCCUCGUUUUACAACUUUUCUUAACACCCGUUGUUAAAUGAAUCGCUUAAGUCGUUAAGUGGGUUACAUGGUGCUUAAGCGAAUCCGGCCUCCCUGUUGACUUUGCUGGUGAGAAGGUCGCGAAAGGGGAUCACGUGACCCCAGGGCACUUCAACUGUCACGAGUACAUGCCAGUUGCCAAGCAUUCAGAUUUUGAUCACGUGACCAUGGGGAUUCGGUAACGGCCGUUAAGUGUGAAAAAUGGCCCUAAGUCACUUUUUUUCAGUGCCGUUGUAACUUUGAACCAACUGUCAUAAAACGAGGCUUGCAAUCUUGGUCACCAACCAGGAGCGCGUGCGAGACAGGUGGGAUUGCGAUGCGGCUCGCGCGAUCCCAAGGCAACCCCCCCUUCUCCUUCACGGAUCCCGCGUAGAUCCCCCAAUCGGGCAGCAUCAUGCUGUCGAUGACGUACAGCGGGAGCCUGCGGAGCGUGGCCAGCCGGUCCCACUCCGAGUGGGGCCUCCACCAGCUGCACCAAAACGACACCGUCGAGCUGCAAAAACUUAGGGAGGUCCGGGUGGCGGCCCAGACCCGAAUCCGGGAAGAGUUCCUCCGGAUGCACGGCCUCUCCCUGGACGAGUGCACGGCGCAGACGACCGGCAUGAAAUAUCGAAACCUCGGGAAAUCUGGAUUGCGAGUUUCCUGCCUCGGUUUAGGAACAUGGGUGACCUUUGGAGGACAAAUAACUGAUGAGGUGGCCGAACAGCUAAUGACCCUCGCUUACGACAACGGCAUCAAUCUGUUCGACACGGCCGAGGUCUACGCCGCAGGGAAAGCUGAAGUCGUCCUAGGGAACAUUAUCAAAAAGAAAGGAUGGAGACGGUCCAGUUUAGUGAUCACAACGAAAAUCUUUUGGGGAGGGAAAGCCGAGACAGAACGAGGGCUUUCCAGAAAGCACAUUAUAGAAGGUUUAAAGGGGUCCCUAGAACGGCUGCAACUGAAUUACGUGGACGUGGUGUUUGCCAAUCGGCCGGAUCCGAACACACCUAUGGAAGAGACCGUACGAGCCAUGACGCACGUCAUCAACCAAGGCAUGGCGAUGUACUGGGGGACUUCACGGUGGAGUUCCAUGGAGAUUAUGGAAGCUUAUUCUGUAGCCCGGCAGUUCAACCUGAUUCCUCCAAUUUGUGAGCAAGCCGAAUAUCACAUGUUCCAACGGGAGAAGGUCGAAGUUCAACUUCCAGAACUUUUCCACAAAAUCGGCGUGGGAGCGAUGACGUGGUCCCCGUUGGCAUGCGGAAUCGUGUCGGGGAAGUACGACGGCGGCAUCCCCCCUUACUCGCGAGCGUCGCUCAAAGGUUAUCAGUGGCUGAAGGACAAAAUUUUAAGUGAGGAAGGGAGACGGCAGCAGGCAAAGCUGAAGGAGUUGCAAGCGAUCGCCGAGCGGCUGGGCUGCACCCUGCCGCAGCUCGCCAUCGCAUGGUGUUUACGCAACGAGAGUGUCAGUUCCGUCCUUCUAGGAGCUUCUAACGCCGAUCAGUUGAUGGAGAAUAUUGGAGCAAUACAGGUUCUUCCCAAACUCUCCUCUUCGAUUAUCCAUGAAAUCGAUAGCAUCCUAGGCAAUAAACCUUACAGCAAAAAGGACUACCGGUCUUAAUAACGGGGGCGUGCAUUUUUUGGAGGGCCCCCCCUCCCCCGGUUAAUCUGGACCUAAUCCUCACGUCCGCCUCUCUCCUCUUCGCUUGCUUAAAGCUUAUUUCGAAGAAGCCGAGGAAACACGACGGUUUUGCAUCCGAGAAUUUAAAACAAAACAAACAAAAAAACACCGCACCCGGACUCUUCAGAAGACACCCUGUUUCCCCAACGUGGCCAGAUCACGUUUAAGCUUUUUAAUUUUUUCCUCUUUUCCCCAACCCUUCUGUGAAUGCAAGAAACAACAUUUUGGAGGGGGAAAAAAUCACGUUUCCUUAUUUUUUUGCAAAGGGAAAAGCAAAUUUUCAGCCCCCGUGUUGAUGUUACGGCAGUGGGUUGGUAUUUUGUAUUUUUUUUCCCCCUGUUCCAAAAACAAACGAACAAACCCCAAAAUAACUCUUAGGCACAAGUGUCAGUGUUUUUAAACGUUAAUCUGGACCUC